CCGGAAGUGGCGCUCCCCGCUCCCGGAAGUCCCGGCUCAGACGGUGAUGGCGGCGUCGUUGUUCGCUCGGAGCCGGUGACUGGGGGCCGCCAUGUUGGCCCGGCGCGGGUCCGGCCCGUUGUGCUGCACCGUGUGCGCUCUGCUCGGGGCGAUGAGCGCGGUGCUGAGCGCCGGGAUGCGGCCCGUGACGGCGAUGGCGGCCAGCGAGGAGCGGCGCUCGGCGAGCCCCGCGACGCCGUGUUGGAGGCGGGAGGAGUUCGUGGUCGCACGGGAAUGUGGCCGCUGCUCCAGCUUCGAGCUGAAGAGCGUCCCCGAGUGCGGCCCCACCGGCUUCGUGGAGAAAAUCAGCUGCGCCGCCUCCAAACGGGACGAGUACAAGAGCUGCCGCUCGGCCGUGCUGGAGUCGCGGUUGUUCUGGCGCUUCGUGGGCUCCAUGAUGGCGGUUGCGGCCGUUUGCUCCGUGUUGGUGGUUUGGAGGCAGCGGGCGCUGGACCGCAGGGCGCUGGAGAAGGUGAGGAAACAGAUCGAGUCCAUUUAACGGAGCAUCACGGCACCGGGAUGGACCGGAGGAACUGGAGACAUUGAGAGUCAUGGGACACGGAGCUGCCACCGGGGACAGAGGGUCCCAUUGUCGCCCCAUGGACACGGUGUGGGUCCAUAGUGUGGGUCCCCUAUUGUGGGUCCAUAUUGUGGGGUCCCAUAUUGUGGUUCCAUGGUAUGAUCCCAUAUUGUGGGUCCCACAUCGUGGGUCCUAUAUUGUGGUCCCAUAUUGUGGAUCCCAUGUUGUGGGGUCCCAUGUUGUGGGUCUCAUAUUGUGGGUCCAUGCUGUGAUCCCAUACUGUGGGUCCCCUAUUGUGGGUCCAUAUUGUGGGUCCCAUAUUGUGGGUCCAUGCUGUGGUCCUACAUUGUGGGUCCAUGUUGUGGGUCCCAUAUUGUGGGUCCCUAUUGUGGUUCCAUGGUAUGAUCCCAUAUUGUGGGUCCCACAUUGUGGGUCCAUGGUGUGGUCCCAUGUUGUGGGGUCCCAUAUUGUGGGGUCCCAUAUUGUGGGUCCAUGCUGUGGUCCCAUGUUGUGGGGUCCCAUAUUGUGGUCUCACAUUGUGGUCCCAUAUUGUGGGUCCAUGUUGUGGGUCCCUAUUGUGGUUCCAUGGUAUGAUCCCAUACUGUGGGUCCUAUACUGUGGGUCCCUAUUGUGGGUCCCAUAUUGUGGGGUCCCAUAUUGUGGGUCCCCUAUUGUGAUCCCAUAUUGUGGUCCCACACUGUGUUCCCAUACAGCCCCUCAGUGCUGCUCCAUGUUGGAGGCAUCGUGGAUCCCCCCCCUGCCCUGGGGCGGUGCAAUAAAAGCUGAUGGUGUCACCAUGA